UGUAGCGAGAAAUGUCAAUUUUGACAUAAUCAAUUUGUUUUGCAAAUCGCAGCCAUAUGGUUAUUAGUGUCAUAAUAUUUAUCUCAAGACAAUAAUUAUUUUGCAUUUUAUAAAAAUUAAGUGCUAAAUAUUUUCUGCUUUAAAAUUAGCACAGUUCUUGUACAAUUAUUUAAUACAUUGAAAGUGCCCACCUUGAAAGAAUGGCUGAUUGGGAAGAAAUUAAACGUUUAGCAGCUGAUUUUCAAAAAGUUCAACUGAGUUCCACGUCACAAAAGUUAUCUGAACGUAACUGUAUUGAAAUCAUAUCAUACUUGAAAGAAAAAAAAAUCAUUGAUUUAAUUUUCACCGUUGAUGGUAAAGAAUUUUUGACACCCUUACACCUGAUUCAAGACAUAAGAAACGAGCUUUUUGUUAGUGGGGGUCGAAUUAAUUUAGUUGAGCUAGCAAAAAUUAUAGGUGUGGAUUUGGCACAUAUCACCACACAUUUGAAAGAUGUCCUGAAAGGACAGAAAGACAUACAUUCUAUUUUGGGACAACUGAUUGAUUCCUCUUAUAUAACAAAAAUAGCUGGAGAGAUUAAUGAAAAACUCUCACAACAGGGUCAAAUUAAUAUUAGUGAUUUAACAAUACAGUAUGACUUAAGUGCAGAGUUUUUACAACAGCAAGUAGUGGAAAAGCAUUUAGGAAAAAUCAUUCAUGGAAAACAAGAUAGUAACGAUCCUAGGGUAUUCUUCACGGAAUCAUUCAUUGCAAGGUGUAAAGCCAAAAUCCGAGGAGCGUUAAGUGGUUUGACGCGUCCCACACCAGUGGCUUCUAUUUUAAAUCAGAUUAAUAUGAGUGAAAAAUUGUUCUUUUCGUUAUAUGACCAGACUUGUAUGUAUGGUUCUCUGACAAGUCGAGUUGUUGGAGCACAGUAUAUACCCAAUGUUUAUGCAAGGUCACAGAGUGAAUGGGUGACAAAUUUCUAUAGGCAAAACGCUUACUUGGAAUAUGACGCUUUGGCCCGCCUUGGCAUUUCUGACUACAAAUCUUAUAUAAAAAAACAAUUUUCCAAUGAAGAAAUUACUUUUCUCAAUUCAUGCGCUGCUUCCAAACGGAUUUUAGAAAGAGCCGAAGCAGACAUAGAAGAGUGCAUUGCAAGCAAAUCGUAUCUCGAUCUUCAAUCAAACCUCCCAUCAGUUUUUAAUGAGAACGACAUCCAACUCAUCCUUGAGUCGAUCUUAAUCAAACAAAAACAACAACAAACAAUCGUGAUAGAAAAUUACAUUAUCAGUAAAGCAUUUAUCGAAAAUUUGUCGAAAAAUUUCGAUGAACUGGUAAAGGAGAAAGCUAAAUCCGUCGUAGAAUCUGGCAAAUAUCAACAAUAUCAAACCGAAUUGCAAGUUUCUUCGACCAAGCCGCAAAAAUUCGAAGAUGUCGAGGAAAAAAUCGACAAGCGUGAAGAAAGGAGGAAGAAAGCUGCAGGAGGGAAGAGCGGGGGAGGGACGCAAGGUCGCGAAACCAAAACCAAGUCAACCAAGAAGCCCGCACGUGCGAAACACGUGGAAGUAGAAGUCGAGUUUGUGGAGAAAAAACAGUUGGAAAUUAUCACCAGUGAGGAUAUUUCAGAAGCAGUUCAAAGCGAAUUAGAAGAUGAUGGCUUGGACGAACUGACUCUGCCUCUGAUGCAGUAUCUAUUGCCUCAACUUAAUGAAAAGGGAUUAGAACUAGCUAAUGAAAUAUACGCUGUCACUGUAGCUGAUCGUACGGCUAACCGAAGACAAACUCAUAACGAGUUGCAAAACAAACUGAAUGCUCUAAUUGGUGAUGUUCGUUUGUUCGAUAAGGGACUCAAGUUGUUGCCAGAAGACUUGCAACCUCAAUUACAGAAGUAUUUGUUGAAAACAUUGUGCACUGAUGUCGUUAAUGAAAUUCUCAACUAUGUGGCAGCUGAGCAGAAUUUAAGCACCCAAUCUGAGAAUUUUAAUAACGAUCAGAGAUUGAAAUUUGCCAACGAUUUGCCACCAGAUUUCAAAAAACCACUUGUCCCUCUAAUAAAAUCUCUAACUGGACAAAGUAUCGAAGAUUUUAUGGUGACGGUGGAAGAAGGAUUGGCCGCGUGUAGUAUGAUUAUCAAGAAAAUUGAUAAAAAGAAAGACAGAACGAUUGUUUUGAACCACAAACAUGUCCUUUUGGAGCAGCUAAAUAAAUGUGAUGAUCUCGCUUUAGUUUUGCACCUGGCUACACUAGUCAUUUUUACUACUGUCACGCAAUGUAUGCUUCACGCUAGUGGGCGACAUGUUGCCGCCAUUUUGAAUUUUCUGAAGCAGUAUCUUAGUGAAGAGCAAAUUACGGAAUUGACGUCAUAUCAUGAUUUUGUUACUUUAAUGUUGAGUGGAGGGACCGAAGCCGAGAACGCAAAAGAGAAAUUGAAAGAAAAAAUUCAGGUUGUUAAGAAUAUCGCAAACGAUUUUAAGAAACCGGGUACGGAGAAGUGUUAACUAUAAUUUGCUGUAGGUUUUUGUUUUGUAUAUCUUAUACUAUAUUUUUUUGAUUGCAUGGUCCUGGAGAAUUUAUGUAAAAAUGUACAUAAGUAUAAAUGUUGAUCAUUAUAAUGUAAUAUAAUUGUACCUAAUAAAUAUCUAUUUUAAGUUC